CAGAGGAGACUCCUACAGAAGCAAACUAAUCUAGAACUGAGGUUCAUAUGAGAGAGGUGGAUGCCUCAUGGACAUCCAAAGCCAGUGACAUCACGGGCAUUGCACAUGACACAACCAAUCAGAACUCCGAUACGGAUCUCCCCCACGCCGAUAAAAAAAAUUGGCGGGGAAGAAAAAGCUCGAGAAUUGCAAUCAAACAAACGCAAACACGAGCAUUGAAUUGCGAGGGAGUCACCUAAAUCAAUUCAAUUCGACUCCCACUCCUUGCGCCAAAUUCUAAUUCUUGAACCUCAAACACGGGCCACUACCUCCCCCAUUAUGCCCCUCUCAAACCUGCAAGGGGUCAAGCUCCCCGCUUCGGCCGACUUCCACGUCCAUCUUCGCGAUGGCGACAUGAUGGAGCUGGUUACUCCCACCAUCAGACAAGGUGGUGUCAACACUGUUUUUGUCAUGCCCAAUCUUGUACCGCCAAUUACUACGGUUGACCGCGCGCUCGAAUACAAGCAGCGUUUACAGGCUAUUGAGCCCAACGUAAAUUUCCUCAUGUCUCUUUACCUCCACGAGACUAUUACGCCAGAAACCAUCAUCCAUGCCAAGAAGCGCGGUAUCACCGGCGUUAAGAGUUACCCGGCGGGUGUAACUACCAACUCCUCUGCUGGUGUCAUCGACUACGCGCAGUUCUAUCCCGUAUUUGCGGAGAUGGAGCGUCAGGGCAUAAUCCUUAACCUGCACGGAGAGGUCCCCUCCCAGGGCGAUGUGACCGUGCUGUCGGCAGAGGAGCGCUUCCUUCCCACCCUUCUGCAGCUGCACGAGAAGUUCCCCAAACUUCGGAUUAUCUUGGAGCAUUGUACCACCGCCGCUGCAGUCGAGGCUGUCAAGAAAUGCGGUCCGACUGUUGCAGGAACAAUAACUGCUCACCACCUGUCGAUUAUCAUUGACUCAUGGGCUGGUGACCCUUUCUGCUUCUGCAAGCCUGUUGCCAAAACACCGGCCGAUCGAGACGCCCUUCUGCGCGCCGCAGCCUCCGGCAACCCUAAGUUCUUUUUUGGCUCAGAUAGUGCACCACACCCCGCAGCAUCCAAGCGAGGAGGUGAGAAGAUAGCUGCCGGUGUGUUCACUCAGCCAUAUACGACUCAGCUCGUGGUCGACGCCUUCGAGCAGGCCUGCGAAAAUGGUGUCUUGAAAGAGCAAGAUAUCACGCCCGAGAUUGUCGAAGGUUUCAUGAGCAAAUAUGGCCGCGCAUUCUAUGGCCUCGAGAGUGAGAAAAAGGAGUUCAUCACCCUCGAGAAGAAAGACGAGAAGGUAGUAAACAUCCUAAAAUCGGACAAGGUGGAUGUUGUCCCCUUUAGAAGGGAUCAGCAGACAUGGAGCGUGACUUGGUCUGCAUAG